AUGCCACCCCGUCAGCGUCGUCCCACUGAAAGCUACCAGAAGGAGCAAGGAAACUACCAACCAGCUUCUGUUGCUGCUGUGGUCUUAGAAAAUCCUCCACAGGCCAUCAAGUCGCUCCUUCAUUGGGAUGAUUUACCCCAUUGGCAGCGGGAUAAUCAGCACAUCCACACGGGAUAUCGUCCUGCGUCUUACUCGUUCCUCAUUUCGUUCCAAUCCCUGACGUAUAUCCACAAUGAGACUGUCAACAUAUACACACACCUUCUGCCAUCAUUGCUAGCGGUCCCUGCUGCAAUUAAGCUCCAUCAAGUUCUCGCUCCGCGGUACGAGACGGCCACACAUGGUGACAUUUGGGCUUUCGGCUGUUUCUUUGCGGGAGCUGCCUUUUGUCUCGGGAUGUCCGCAAUCUACCAUACUAUUUCGAACCACUCACCAAUUGUGGCCCGUAUCGGAAAUACCUGCGACUAUAUUGGGAUUGUAGGACUUAUUGUGGGUAGUUUUGUUCCUAGUAUCUACUAUGGCUUCUACUGCGCACCGGGAUUGCAAGAGCUGUAUUGGACCAUGAUCUGCAGCAUUGGGAUUGGCUGCAUCAUGGUUUCAGUCUUUCCUCAGUUCCGAACGCCUCGAUUGCGGCCAUUCCGUGCCGCUAUGUUUGUCGGAAUGGGUCUGUCAGCGGUGUUUCCCGUAAUACACGGAUUACAGCUGUAUGGGCGUGACCAGAUGAUGCGCCAAAUUGGCCUCGGUUGGCUCCUUCUCCAAGGGUUUCUGUACAUCCUGGGAGCCGGGAUAUAUGCAGCCCGAGUCCCCGAACGGCUGCGACCAGGGAAGUUCGAUCUUUGGGGAAGUUCGCACCAGAUCUUUCAUGUGCUGGUAGUCUGCGCAGCCGUGGCUCAUCUGACAGGGCUGUUGAGGGCGUUUGAUUAUCGUCAUAGUGGGACCGCUGAGAGCUGCCCCCUGAUCUAA